AUGCGAUUCCUCUACUCUCUCCUUUUCGUCCUCUUGGUCGCUGCUUCGAGUAUGGCAAUUAUUUCUCAGGAUCAACGUUCUGGAAUAGUUAGAGUGGACACAACUUGUUCCCUAUCAAGAAAAGUUCCUUUGCAGAACGGCUACGCUCAGAAAACUGCUUUAGUUGAUGUCCCAGGAGAGAUUCAGCCAGAAGGUGUCACCGGACAACCGAGAUUCGUCAAGCAGACUGUGGGAUAA